AUGGCUCCGAAGGCCAAGGUGCAGCGGCAAAACACCUUGCAGAUUUCCGAGUGGUCGGAAGUGGAGCUUGACAAGCGCGUGCAGACGGUCAUAGCUGGUAAGACAUACCUUGGCACAGUGAGGUUCAGCGGAAAAACGCAGUUUGCAGAAGGACAUUGGAUUGGCAUUGAGUUGGAUGAAGCUGUGGGGAAGAAUGAUGGCUCUGUCCAGGGGAGCCGCUACUUCAGCUGCCCGGCCCAGCAUGGUCUGUUCUGCCGGCCGAACAUCACCCGCCCUACAGCAGAAACUUCAGAGAGUGCAAAUCAGACUGGAGGACUGGUGGACAUCAAGAAGAACAUCAAGGAGAUGCUGACCCUCGCGGAAGACUUGCGUGCCAAGCAAGAGGCCCUGACGUCCAGCGCCAAGCUCCAGUCGGAUGUGUUGGCGCACUUGGAGCACUUGGAACGCCUCGCGCACCUGAAGAUCGCCGAGGCCUCGCACGCGUGGGAGGAGACGUCUUCUGGACUGUCGCAAGAGGCGGAGCAUUUGCAAGUGGGCCAGCGAGUGCACACGCGGAUGCUUAAAGACAGCGCACGAACGCUACAUCUUGGCACGGUGAGGUUCAAUGGAACGACGCACUUUGCUCCGGGACCAUGGAUUGGCAUUGAGCUGGAUGAGCCGGUGGGCCUUGAGGAUGGCUCCGUCCAGGAGCACAGGUAUUUCACCUGCACGGCCAAGCACGGGGUGUUUCACCACCCCGCGGCGGUGUUUCCAGCGCCGGCAGAGCUGGCAGAGAUCCGGGAGUGCAUCAAAGAGCUAGGACUCAAGGUGUUCUGGUGUAGGUGUGGCUCAACAAAAUAG